AUGCCAACACUCUACGGCAAGAAGACAACAGUCCAGCUCUCUGUUUCUGACCUUAGGCGGGCAACGACCCCCAAUCCACGCACACAGCAAAGUCCCACCACCAGCGCGUCUAUCCGAGAUAUUGCUCAGCAAUUUGCUAGAGAUUCGAUAGAUGGGACACUGAGCGAGACGCCAUUAUACACAGAUGAAGGAAGCCAUGUACGUUUUCUGGGGAACAAUAAGGAUAUGCUAUUCUACAUGGUCCAUGCGGGUAAGAACUUUUUCGAUUUGACCACGACAGAGCAGAGGAACACGAGGCCGGCUAGGGUGCCGUUGGUUAGAAAAAAGUCUGCCGGGACAACUGUCGUUUUGGAUGGAGAGAAAAUUGGUGUCGGGACGAGUAAAGAUGCCGGUAUCGAACCCAAUCGGAAAUACAAACCACCUUUCAUCCCCCAUGCCCUCUGCCUCACCGUCUUCCUCUCCAAUAAGUCUUUUGAAGGUAGCAAGGAUAAGGCGACUGCAAUAACCGAAAUCAACGACGUCAAGAUCGACGUUUACUUCAAUGGCGCGCCCUGCGGCUCUCAUUACGUCCCACGGCGCUACUCGGGCGAGGCUCAUACCAUGACUGAGCACAUUGUCCGUUUCACUGGUCACCGAAUUGGGCGAUUGAUUGAGAAACCUUGGGUCAUUGUUCCCUCUGGUCAGAACCCAGAUGGAGGCCUUAGAGAGUACCGACGGGGCAAAGUGGCCUAUGCUGGCGCACAGCAGAGAUGGAAUGAAAUUUCAGACGCCCUCAUGUCUGAAGCCGACGAGAUUGGGCAAGAUGAAAAUGGCGAACGCCCAAUUAUUGGCGAGUAUCUGGAGAGCCUGGCCCAAUUAUCCAUGCCAAAGGAAAUUGAAGAAAUGCAGAAAGCUGGCAGUCCCAAAUUUGGUAUCCUUGACGCUGUCAUCACUUGGGGUAAGGGUAACAAAGAUGGGCCUGAAACUGCAUACAUUAUCAACCCCACCCCGAUCAGACACGAGGGGUUUACAACCACAAAUCUGGAUCAAUCUGUGGAUCAUUCACCGGUUCAAAGCAUCGCAACAACGAGAGACCGUACAUAUACAGCGCCACAGUCGCGUUCAGAAGCGCUCGCAAACGCCAAGUCUAUUGACGAUUACUCGAAAACCUCCCCACUAUCUGUCGCACCAUCUCCGGUUCCUACUCCAAGUAACAAGACUAAUCCCGUGCCUUCUUCCCCACCAAACGUGCGCCUACUCCCAGCGCUUCAGCUUGAAAAAGCGGUCAAGCGGUCUCGCGGCCAUUAUUAUGAUAUCAUCACUACCAAACAAACGCUCUCCGAGCAGAUCGAUUCGAUGGCUACAGCCAUUAUCAAUGACCAUAGAGCCGGUUGCAAUCCCACCAUCCCGACCUAUGCACGAACUACACAGACUAGCUUUGCGUCAACGGCGGGUAGCUCACCACUCAGUUCUGCCCCAAUGACGAGGGAUCACACCCCUGCGCAGAGGAAGAUUGUGAAGCUCAAGUUGCCAACUCCUACCAGCCCUGCUAAGAAGUCCGACAAGGUGACUACACGACGCGUGCAAGAUGGGAAAGCGGACACCCCAGCUCCUGGGUCAAGACGGAGAGAUCGAGUACCGACCCAGCUGAAUGCUGAUGCUCUAGAUCGUGAUUUCCAGACGCCGGCGCUGAGUGUAGACUGUGCUACUACAUAUGCGUCGAGUGGUACUGUAAGGAAUGUGGGGGCGGCGAGGGCAGGAGUGUUCAAAGAAGGUGGGGUGGUGAUGGGGGCGAGGUUCGUUGUUGGGGGGUGA